UCGGACGGAUAUAAGGCUACGCAUCUGGAGAAAUCAGCCAGCGUGUAUAGAGGACGCGGUUUAGCUCUCGUGCAUAAUAGUUAUAUAUUUCAAGAAACUUUAAAUGAUAAAUUAUGUCAUGAAUAGUUUUUCGUGGAAGUAUCGUAGUCAUCACGCUUCUGAACAGCACUGGGACCAACAUCUCCAGCGGUUCUCUCGCCAGUUGUUUUUGGCUUAACAGAAGGGUUAAUCGGCUAAAUUUAACAAGAAAUCAGUACGGUCUGGUGAAGUAAGGUGUGUGGAGGUACAAUGCAACAUAUAAAAACGCAAAAGGAAAAUCCUGCAAAGAGCUAUGCGAGGUUUGGAGGCAAAGACAUAGCCAUGAGCUAAAGUAAUGAAUAGUUCCUCAUUUCCAAUGUUUAAAUCAAAGCGGAAGAAACGCUAAUUACAUUAAGUUAGAAAAGUGUAAGAAGAAAAGGAAAAACGUUUAGAAAUACCAAGCAUCCUCAAACAUCCUUGGAAUUGAAAUGGAGUAUGUUACUGUAAAAGGAGUACAAGAAGCUGGAAGGUUGAGUUAGUUUGAAAAGCACCAGUUAUGGCUAUUGGACUUUGAGCAGAUCCGAAAUCUUAUUUGAAGAUGAUGUACUCAUCCAGAAGAAAGCCUGUCCUUUACUUUAAGGAGGACAGCAGGUCCCAACUCUUUUUUGGAGUACUGUCCAGAAAAUGCACAAUUUUUCGGCUGGUCUGCUUCUGUAUAGUGAUAGCAUUUGCCUCCUUGCUGUGGCUUCAACUAAGCUGCUCAGGAGACUUUUCCAGAAGAGUAAAUUAUGAUGGAUCUGUACCACAGCAGCUGUGCUCCCAGGAUAAGCACACGGUAACUUCAGAUGACCUUUCAUGGGGGCCUCACAAGAUAGCUGUACUUGUUCCCUUCAGAGAGCGAUUUGAGGAGCUUCUUGUUUUUGUACCCUACAUGCAUUCAUUUUUAAACAAAAAGAAAAUUCGACACAAGAUUGUCAUAAUCAAUCAAGUGGACCAUUAUAGGUUUAAUAGAGCUUCGUUGAUAAAUGUUGGGUUUAUGGAAAGUGGGAAUGACACUGAUUAUAUUGCGAUGCAUGAUGUAGACUUGCUACCCCAAAAUGAAGCUUUGGAUUAUGGAUUUCCGGAUCGGGGACCCUUCCAUGUUGCUUCUCCUGAACUUCAUCCCUUGUACCAUUAUAAAACAUAUGUUGGAGGAAUUUUACUACUGACAAAGCAACAUUAUGAAAUGUGCAAUGGAAUGUCAAACCGCUUUUGGGGUUGGGGUCGAGAAGAUGAUGAAUUCUACAGAAGACUGCAAGGAGCUGGAUUAAAGCUUUUCCGACCAACAGGUAUAACAACGGGUUAUGAAACAUUUAGGCACAUCCAUGACCCAGCUUGGAGAAAGAGGGAUCAGAAGCGGGUGGCUGCACAGAAACAGGAGCAGUUCAAAGUAGAUAAGGAAGGUGGUCUUACAAACUUGAGGUACAAAGUAGAAUCCAAGACAAUUCUUACAAUUGGAGGAGCACCAUGCACAAUAAUGAAUGUUCUCCUGGACUGCGACCACAGUGAGACUCCAUGGUGCCUGCUGAGUUGAAGUCGAGGCCUGUUUUAAUGGAAGAUUUCCUGCUGGACCUGUUAGACCUGUCACUGUACAGAUACGGUUUCUACUUUGUCAAGGAGUAAAAACAUUUCUGCCAGACAGUAAUAUCUAAGAAACAACCUCGAACUCGAUGAUUAUACAGACUAUUUUUUGAUGUAUUGAACUGAGAAGCAUAGAUUUCCACAAACUUUGAAUUUGCACAACUGAGCUGUAGAAUAUUCAAAUGCCUCAGAUAAAAUAAUAUGGAUGGUAAUGGGCAGCAAGGUGGUGCAGCGGAAAAUCAGAUACAAUACCUCAUUGGUCUGGGUUAUGUUUUUUAACGCAUAGUAUUUUGGAGAUAUCCCACCCCCUUCUUUUCAAAUGUAACCUGAUUAGAAACUACCAGGAAUCUAAUUUUAUUUGUAUUUUUAUGCUUUCUUUAGACAGCAGUCUAGUGAGGUAGCAUUGUUCAUGUAUGCACAAUAUUUAUAUGAAAACUAAAAGUGCAAUGCCACUUUAUUACAGUAUAUGUAUAGUUUUAUAUUAAAGUAAGUAUGAUGAA